UGGAGGCCCGUUCACACCUCCCACAGGCAAUGGUCGGAACCACUCCUCGGCAGCUCAUGGCUCACUGCAGACCAGCAGCCACCGAUUGUCGUCCGCCACUGAGCUUUACAAUCUUUCGCUCCUCUUCGCAAUCAUGGAACUGUUCGUUGGGGUUUGCGUGAGAGAGAAGGAGAAAACGAGAGAGCGAGAGAGCGAGAGCAUUUUGCCUCAUCUGCAGUUCAGUGUGUCCUUCAGGGGAAUGUCAGACCUUGUGCAGAACCUGGCUGCGGUGCGGUAAUUGAUAGUGCCCUCGCAUUGUGUUGAGAGUGCGGUUGGGAUUUUUCUUGCUGCUUGGACUGUGAGAGAGAGAGGCCUGCGGGACCAGGGUUUGUAAGGGACCAGAGGAGCCGUCUGUAGGACUUGAGCCGGCGUGGGAGUGUAACCUGCGUGGCGUGACUAAGGAGUUGAGGCUGACGAGAGAGUGUUACGAAUCGGGUAAUUAUUCCCUGUAGGUCUGGGCUGAGUUCGCUUUGGAUCAGUUUCGGCUCCUGCGAUUGUAUUUAUCAGGUUUGGAAAGACAGAAUGUCAUCUGAGAUGUUGCCUCGUCAAGCGCAUGGAAGCUGUUGUUGAUGUUUCAACUCGAUUAAGUAAACCGCGAGCGCAUCUCAGGCGUGUUCGAGCAUUUCCAGAAUUCCUGGAGGUUACACUUUCUCGAAUCGUCUGCGAUGGCCGUAAGUAACCAGACUAAGAAAAACUCCAGCACGAGCCGAGUAUUCUUUCCGGCAGAGAUGUUGGAACGAUGUGCGGACGUCAGCAGGAGUUCCCAGUCUCCAGCUUCUUCAAAUUAUAGGAAACGAAGCGUCUCCGUUGGAGAUGAACAGAAGGGCAAAAGUAGAAGAGUCUCCUUAGAUGUGUCAACAUGGAGCUUGCCUUCAUCUCCAUCUGAGACGGUCUCUGACAGAGUGAUGAAAACGCCUUCGGGUUCUGCCCAUGGAGGGGUGCGCUCCUGCGUCUACCCUGAGUCUCUAAAUGUGUCCUACGAACCGAGCCCGGUGCUGGAGAAUUCUGGCUUUUCCUGCUACGAAUCAAGUCUCACCGGACUUGGAUGUCCAGGCCAAUAUGAUGUCCUAGUCCAGAAUAGUGUGGAGACCAACUCUCCAGUGCCACUGCUCGCACCUCUACCGACGAAACAGAACAGAUUCAACCUUUCGAGGUACCAGUUGGAUGACGACGAAGAUCUCUUCGCCACGAUCUCCGAACCUGCAGCAGCUCAAGACGAGGCCAAACCCAAUAAAUUCAAAACCCAGAGAGAGCGACUGAUGGUGGCGAUGUCUCCAGAGAGUGAAGAGUCUGAUAGCACUGCUCCUGAUUGCGACGUUACGAAUCUCCCACAUGGGGGUGAUGAGUCAUCGCAGGACAGUUACAUGUCCCAGAGAGAAAGGCUGAGACGCUUCAGCAAUGAGCAAUGUCGUAAUGUGGUAAUUCCCAAUCAAUGGGAGGGUGAGACGAAGUUGCAGGAGUUUGUGGCGUUCGGAAACAUCGAGGCCGCGCUGCGACCCUUGGGAUUGAUGAUGGCACGCGCGGCGCUGGUAUCAGACUCCGUUAACACCAGGCACCACCGCCCGACCUCAUGAGAGGCCAACAUACACUACCCUUAGCAACCCAGUGACUUUAUUAGACUCCAUUUUGAGUGUAGAGCGUCGGCAGACAAAAAGAAAAAUAACGUUUUUGCUUAGUGUACAUUGUUGUACCCGUCAUUGAUUCUCGUGCGCACAACUCCAAAUAGAGAGCGCACAAAGAGUCUGGGAUGAUUACAUUCUCUGUAUCAUAUUACAUUUUGAGGAAAAUUCAUUCUGCAUUUUUGACGAUUCUAA